GUGCGCGGGCGGCAGUGCGGUGCGCGGAGCUGGGUGCGCUCUCUCGCUCCCCUCGCAGCGACCCUCCGCCGGCGCGGAGCAGCCCUCCCCCCCGCGCACCCCCCGGCCCGGCUCCGCGCAGACAUGGCCAGCGGGGGACUGCAGCUGCUGGGCUUCGUGCUGGCCUUCCUGGGCUGGAUCGGCAUCAUCAUCAGCACCGCCAUGCCCCAGUGGAAGAUGGCAUCCUACGCGGGGGACAACAUCGUCACGGCCCAGGCGCUCUACGAGGGGCUGUGGAUGUCGUGCGCCAUGCAGAGCACGGGGCAGAUCCAGUGCAAGGUGUACGACUCGCUGCUCAAGCUGGAGAGCAGCCUGCAGGCCACUCGGGCUUUGAUGGUGGCUGCAAUACUCCUGGGACUUGUUGCUGUAUUUGUUGCUGUGACUGGCAUGAAAUGCAUGAAGUGCAUGGAAGAUGACCAGGUGAAGAAGAUGCGGAUGGCUGUUUUUGGUGGGGUGAUCUUCAUCAUUUCAGGUUUGGCAGCACUGGUGGCCACAUCAUGGUACGGCAACAGAGUGGCUCGGGCCUUUUAUGACCCUUUUACUCCUGUCAACACCAGAUUUGAGUUUGGAUCAGCUCUCUUCAUCGGCUGGGCAGCUGCUUCUCUGGCCAUGCUGGGGGGGGCCUUCCUCUGCUGCUCCUGUCCACGGAGAGAAACUUCAUAUCCACCCAGCCGAGGCUACCCAAAAAAUGCCCCCUCCACAGGGAAGGAUUAUGUAUAAUGAAACAAAGAAGAGGAGCCACCAGCACUGGUAGUGAGAGCAUUUUGGAGAGGACACUACAAUGCCACUGUCCUGAGCAGAGUUCAGACUCUAGGUUCUGCCUUCCUCUUCUCCCAAAAAUGUGUAUAUUUUUGUAAUCCUCUUUGCUACUGGACAUAACUUCUCCCUUCUCUCCCAGCCCAUGGAGGGAGGCUAGCCUAGGUUCGUAGGUAUUGCCACUGGAAAGAUGAAACCUCCAAGCUUGGGUUAAGUUUAGUAUUUGGGAGUAAAAGGGAAAAUGAUACUGUUUUUUAGAUGGAUGUUGGUGCUUUUUUUUUUUUUAGUUUUUUAAAAAAUAGAUGGUAACAAUUCAGUCCCAUAUCCCAGUAAGUUAGAGCCCAGUGUGGUGUGUGCGUGUAGAAAUUAAAGGAACAUAUAUACAAAGUGAUGAAACCAAUAGCUUAAGGGGAAACAUAAUUUUAAGGAAAAGGCUUUACAUGUAGGAAUGUUUGAAGAGAUCUAAAGUGCUUUUGUACUGUCCUACUGGCAUAAUCUUCAGCACCCUCCUUUCUGUGCAGAUGGGCAUGACAAAGGGUCAGGCACAACUAAAUUACUGUGACUUAAAUUGAAAUCCCUAACUGUCCAUGCACAUGUUGUUGACCAACAGCAGAUGUGUAGGGUGGUGACCGCACAAGUUAGCGGACUCCCAAAGUAGCUGCAGGUUUCCCUGGUGCCAGGGAAGAGCUCAAGAAAAAUGAUUGCCUUCUGUUUUCGCUGGGUGUCUCUGGCAGGGCUGUUGCUGCUGUUCCUUAGACACCGAGUGCUGCUGCCAGUGACUGUUUCCCUGUGUUCCCAGCAUAGUACCUAACUGAGCUUGAAGCUUUAUCCUCUUGUGUGUUACAAGCCACCUUUUAACAUUCUCCUUUUUCCUUGAGUCUUUCUCAUUUGGGCUUAGUUACUGAUUUCAGUUUGCCUUAAGCAGCUAAAUGUGCUGAACCAAAUUGAAUGCACUGCCACUCCCUGAUGUUUCCCCAAGGAUACCUCACACGCUGCCAUUUGAUCCUGUCUUUUCUUGUAAACACUUUCAGUGAUGAUAUGAAGGCAAAUUCCAAGGAAACUGACCCAAAGGUUAUGGCAUUUUGUUGUAAUCCAAGCUCACCAAAGAGGAAGAAACUAGCAUUUUAAAGAUAAAGCCAUCCUUGCAUAUUAAGUCAUAUCUUAAAAAAAAUAAAAAUCAAAAAUGCAGCUCAUCAAAGGUUCUCAUGCCUUUGUCUGAAACACCAAGUCAGUCACUUGGUGUCUGACUAACACUGGUUGAGGCUGUCCAGAGAUAAGUCUUGUAAUUCCUAGAAAGGAGGUGGUACCAGUUUUCCAAAGCUCAACCUUGCUCUUUCUACAGAAGGAAACUACUUGCUUCAGACCAGGCUUUACAAUUACAUAUGUGCUCAGAGGCAUCAGACUUCUUGCUUUCCUUCUGUAGAGAGGGAGAGAGCCUCUGUGGCUGAGCUGUGUACAGCCAUGGUGUUGGCGGGUUGUAUAAGCAUUGUACCUCUGUUUGACCUGACUCUGCAACAUAAAUCAAAGUUACUAAAAGAAACCAACCAGAGCAUUUGCUUCAGGCUUGAAUUGAUAUUGGCCUGUACUUGGAGCUGGGUCAUGUGGCUUUCACGUCUCCAUGGGGAACUGUUGCCUGUGUACAGCAGCUGCCUCGGGAGACCUUGUCUUAAGAGGUGGCAGCUCAGGUCAUGUUAAAGAGCUGCUGAAGUCUGUGCUUUUGUAUUUGCAUUAACCCUGAGCCAGGGAGCAGAUGCUUGUAUUGGGAACUUGUAUAAAGUGUUUAAACAAUUUCAAUAAAUGGACUUUUUUUUUUU